AUGGAGCCGCCCGGUGGGGAGCAGACCAACCCGAUCGUCGGUCAAUUUCAUGCAUCGAUGAUGGCUGCCAGACUGAGCGAGCUGACAGGUUCGUUCCUGGCUUUCAGAUUGAUUGCGGCCCGCGAAACGUUUCUGUUUGGCUGGCUGGUGCUAGGUGGUGAUCCCGGGAAUAAAACAAAACGUGCCUCGGCAAGUCCUGCCGGGGCCACCCCCCUUACCCAGGGGUUCACUUCCUCCAGCAGCCUCUUCUCCUUCUGCAGCACCGAGAACGAAAAGAAGCAUAAACACAUCUCGGUCUAG